CCUGUGGUGGUGUACAAUAUUUGUUGGUGUAACUGUAGCAUGGUCCAAACCCCCAUUGCUUUUCCGAUCAUCUCCUCCGCUACAGAGUCCCCUGUCAUCAUCUUCAUCUCAAUUUCUAGGGUUCAAACCCGAAUCAUUCUCUACUAAAUCAUCCGCAAUGGCCGAAGAAAUGAAUCACUCUCAAUGUCAAGAAACGAUAGAGUCCUACUUCUUAGAACUAUGGCGGCUGAACUCUAAAGCCGCCGCCGCCAAUUUCGAAUCCGACGCGGAGGUGACCAGAGCAGUACAGAGAUUGGAUGAUCAGGAGGAGGAUGAGGAGAAAGAGGAAAUACCGACGGAGAUAGACACCAUGAAAUGCUCCGGCGGGUUCUCUGUGGUGGGGCCUGACAAGCUCUCCGUUUGUUACCCGAAAGAGAACCUCCACGGCCACGACGUGGGCGUCGUCCAAUCCAAUAGGCCCGCUCCUUCGAAGAGACUCGUUUACUAUUUCGAGAUCUUUGUGAAAAACGCGGGAGCCAAGGGCCAGAUUGCCAUCGGUUUCACCACUUCCGGCUUCAAAAUGUGCCGCCAGCCUGGUUGGGAAGCAAACAGUUAUGGGUAUCAUGGUGAUGAUGGGUUGCUUUAUCGUGGGCACGGGAAGGGGGAGGCGUUUGGCCCAACUUAUACAGCCGGUGAUACUGUUGGUGGGGGCAUUAAUUAUGCAUCACAGGAACUCUUUUUCACGAAAAACGGGACAAUAGUAGGAACAGUUUUGAAGGAUGUAAAAGCACCAUUAUUUCCAACCGUAGCUGUUCACAGUCAAAAUGAAGAGGUUACGGUGAACUUCGGAAAGGAUCCAUUUGUAUUCGAUCUAAAGGCAUAUGAAGCUCAGGAGAGAGCCAAACAACAAGCAACACUCGAAAAAAUAACUUUACCCCAGAAUGCCAGUCACGGAAUUGUUCGCUCCUACUUGCAACAUUAUGGCUACGAAGACACCCUUCAAAUGUUUGAUAUUGCGAGUAAAAGCACUAUUCCACCUAUCUCAUUUGUACAAGAAAAUGGUCCUGAGGAGGAUAGCAUGUAUGCAUUAAACCAUAGGAAGAUUCUUCGCCAGGUACAAGAUGAGUAUGAUUGGUACCCUAGUCUUGUUCAGGAUGGUUCAUCAGCUAUUUGCUUUCUGCUUCACUGUCAAAAGUUUAUUGAGUUAGCACGGGCUGGGAAGCUGGAAGAAGCUGUAAAUCAUGGCAGAAGUAAAUUUCACAAAUUUACUAGAUUUACAGAAUUUGAGGACUUAGUUAAGGAUUGUGCUACUUUGCUGGCAUUUGAGCAACCAUUGAAGUGCCCGGCCGGAUACCUACUAGGAGACACGCAGAGAGAGAUUGUGGCAGAUGCAGUAAACGCUGUGAUCUUAUCUCAAAACCCUAAGGCUACUACUGACCAAAGAGCUUGCUUGCACUCAUGUCUAGAAAGGCUUCUCAGGCAAUUAACGGCUUGCUUCCUCGAGAGACGUGCCAUGAAUGGGGAUCAAGGUGAAGGCUUCCAUUUACGCCGCAUUCUUUACAACAAUGGUAAGAAGGAUGUUUAAAAGCUUCUAUGCAGGGUCAAAUAUUAGAUUGUUUAAACCAGUUUAGUUUCAGGUUUUCUUGAUCAGAACUACAGGUGUACAGUUUCUUUUUCUUUUCGUUUUUUUGGUGGGGGAUUAUAUUGUGUGUGACAUUAUAAGAAUGCACUCCAACUUUUGAAUUGAUUUUAGCUCAUUUCGUGCCUUGCUCUGUGUUUUU